AUGGUACGACGAAAGUUUAAUUACAUUUUAGUUACACCUUCAACGUGGUCAAGUUCGCAACUACAAUAAGUGUAUGUUUCUAGUGUGUGUAUUUUUGUAACAAGUUUUGUAUUAUAGUUAAGAUGUCAAAAUUAGCUAAAAACUUGGUCGAAAGUCCAGUAACCGAAUUUUACAAAGGAAAAACAAUUUUUUUAACUGGAUCUACAGGUUUUUUAGGAAAAGUCUUUAUAGAAAAAAUAUGUCGAGUUUGUCCAGACAUUCAAAAAAUUUAUGUCAUAUUAAGACCAAAGAAAGGCAAAACGACUAAACAAAGACUGGACGAUAUGGUUGACUCGCCGAUGUUUGAAAAUUUGAAAAAAACCAACCCCAAUUUUAUAGAAAAACUUUCAAUGAUAGAAGGUGACUGUGCAUUACCAAAUCUAGGCAUUUCUUUUACUGAUCAAGAGAAGCUAGUGAAAGAAGUAGACGUAGUUGUACAUUGUGCUGCAACAACAAGAUUUGAUGAACAUCUACGAACUGCUACGUAUAUCAACGUUCGUGCGUUGCAUGAUUUAAUCCAAAUCGCGGAAAAAAUGGAAAAACUGAAGGCAUUCAUUCACGUUUCUACCGCAUAUUCAAACUGUAUCAGAAAAGAUGUGGGCGAAAUUUGCUACAAACCUACAAUGAGUCCUGGUGAUUUGAUUAACAUUGUUGAUGGUAUGGACAAUGAAUCGUUAACAGCAGUGACACCAAUACUCUUGAAAGACCAUCCGAAUACAUAUACAUUCACGAAACAAGUGGCGGAGCAGUGUGUAGAAGCAAACAAGAGCAAAUUACCAAUUGCUAUAUUCAGACCAUCCAUUGUUAUAUCAUCUUAUAAAGAACCCAUGCCGGGGUGGAUUGACAACAUGUUUGGACCAGUUUCUGCGUCUGUAGGUGUUGGAGUUGGAGUUGUUAGAUGUUUGCCAGCAAAAAGGGACAAUAACCUGGACAUAGUUCCAGUAGAUUAUGUUAUUAAUAGCAUAAUUUCUUUUGUUUGGGAUGUUGCAACCAAAUAUGAAGAUGAUAAGAUUAAUAAGAACUUAGGAAGGGAACUACCAAUAUGCAACUUUGUGAGUUCCGUUGAAAGUCCGUUAACCCAGGGUGAUUAUAUUUCAUUGGCCUUCAAGCAUUUUAGUAAAUAUCCCACAUUGUUUUCCAUUUGGUACGCCACUGUUAUCGUUUGCACCACAAUGACAGCAUACAAAUUUUGGGCCUUUUUCUUUCACACAAUUCCUGCACACUUGUUCGAUUUGAUUUUGACUUGUAUUGGCAGGAAACCGAUGGUAGUUAAAGGCUAUACAAAAAUUGACAAAUUUAUGACCACUUAUGCAUAUUUUGCAUAUCGACAGUGGAACUUCAAAAACGACAACGUACAAAGGUUAUGGAGAAACCUCACCGAGAAGGACAAAGAUACGUUCCCUUUUAGUAUGAAGAACUUUGACUGGUCGACUUAUUUUGAUAGGCUGGGAUUGGGAGGUCGUAUUUAUCUUCUCAAAGAUCCAAUUGAAACAUUGGAUAGGGCGAAAAAGUGGUUCUUAUUUUUAAAAUUUAUGCAUUAUGCUGUGAUUACACUUUUUUUGUAUGGAUUUUAUAAAUUAUGCAUGUCUGCUUUAAGUUAUUUAUUUGUUGUAUGAUAUAAAAUAAAAAGAUAAUUAAGCAUU